UAUAUUUUGACAACUGCACUGAGCAAACAUGGCGGCGGCCGUAGAUAGUGUUGUGAAAGUGCUCGGGGAGCAGUACUACAAGGAUGCUAUGGAACAGUGCCAUAGCUACAAUGCUCGUCUGUGUGCGGAAAGGAGCAUCCUUAUGCCUUUUAUCGACUCUCAGACGGGUGUUGCUCAAAGCAACUGCUACAUCUGGAUGGAGAAGAGACACCGGAGUGCAGGCAUGGCUCCUGGGCAGCUGUAUAGCUAUCCGUCUCGACGCUGGAGGAAGAGACGGCGGUCCCACCCUCCUGAGGACCCCCGUUUGGCCUUCCCACCUAUCAAAUCAGCGGAGCUGGAGCUAGGUCUGAAACGGGAUGUUGUGGGAACGGUGGACGGCAGCAGCCUGGAGGCCCUGCUGAAGGGGGAGCCCCUAGAGAGGAGGGGCCCGCCAGACCCCCGUGCCCCGGAGGACAACCCAGCCACACCUGAACCCGUGGCCGCCACAGUCUCCAGCCACACCUCCUCUGGACGCAUCCGUAAGAGGGUGCUGGACCACGAUGACUACCUGGAUGAUCUGGAUGAUGAGGACUUUGAGGAUGAGACCCCCAAGAGACGAGGGAAGGGCAAGUCCAAGGGUCGUGGAGUGGGAAAUGGAAAGAAGAAAAUGGAGGCAGCCGCUGCAGCCUUGGAGGAGCAGGACAAACCAUACGCCUGUGACAUCUGUGGGAAGCGCUAUAAGAACCGUCCGGGCCUGAGCUACCACUACACACACUCCCAUCUGGCGGAGGAAGAGGGGGAGGACAGAGAGGAGAUAGAGUCCCCUCCCCCCCGGCGCCAGCCUGAGGAACACAAGACUCCUAAGAAAGGCCCUAACGGUCUGGCCCUGCCCAACGACUACUGCGACUUCUGUCUGGGAGACUCCGCCCACAACCAGAAGACCGGCCAGUCAGAGGAACUGGUGUCCUGCUCAGACUGCGGACGCUCGGGUCACCCGUCCUGCCUGCAGUUCACAGAUGUGAUGAUGGCAGCUGUGAAGACGUACCGCUGGCAGUGUAUCGAGUGCAAGUGCUGCAACGUCUGUGGUACCUCAGAGAACGACGACCAGCUGCUGUUCUGUGAUGACUGUGAUCGAGGAUACCACAUGUACUGCCUCAAGCCUCCUAUGACUGAGCCCCCAGAAGGGAGUUGGAGUUGUCACCUUUGCCUGGCGCUGCUGAAGGACAAGGCAUCCAUAUACAAGCAGCAGAGCCCCACCACAGAGGAUGAAUAGCGGUUAGUUAUCAAUGUCUUUGGGGCCACCCCAGAGUAACCCACCCUGCCCUCAGCCAGGGGACCCCACCUUACCACCUCAUUCAACGACAGUAGCCCUCACCCUGGUCCCCCCCCCAAUGACCAGGAGGUAGGGUCUGGUCGGGGACUGGAGAGGAGCGAGUCCACUCACAACCCUUGCUGUCUUUCCUUCUAUCAUGGCUGUAAACUCACCUAGACUGUUACACACUCUGCAGAGACCACCGUAACCCUGGUAACCACUCUACUGAGUUCACAUUAGAAAAAAAGGAUUCUCACGCUAACUAUUCCCCAGCUCAACUUCCCCCGUCUCCUUUAUAUGGUGUGGACUGCGAAGAUGGGCAUUGUGCUUAAUUUGUUGCCAAAUUAUCUAUUUUUACUUAAGUGUAUGGAUUUAAGGAUUUCAAAAUAUGAUCACAUUGAGGGAUAUUAAUAGUGGACUUUUGUAGUAAAGUUUUGUCUGUGUACUUCUUUUGGAUGUUUUAACAUUUAUCUCAAAGGUUCUGCUACGACAAAACAUUUUAAGGAACCUCUGGUGCCAAGGUCCAUAUGAUGUCCAAAUGACACCCUAUCCGAUUUACUGUGCACUUCCUUUGACCAGGGUCCAAUAGGGUGCCUUUUGGGAGGUAACCAUAGUCAUUCUAUCGUGACUGAAUCACAUCUUACUGCCGGGUCUGAUUUUCAACCUAACAUUAUUGAACAUUUGUCAGCUAUCAUCUUUAUGGUUUAUGUAGCUGUUCAUAUCUGUGCCACAAUGAGCGAGGCACAUUGCAUGCAGACUUGCACCUGUACUUGAGUACGACAGCACACACUCACACAAUUCUUUACUUUUUUUAUAAUCACUUGAUAUUCCAUGGGGCAGGGGAUUUUUUUUCUAGUUGAAUUUUGUAAAGUACUGGUAUAUAUUACUCAAUUCCAGUACAGUAUGACUUUUUCUAUUUGUUUUUAGUGACAUUGAUUUCUUCUUUUGAUGUUCUCCAGUGUUUUAUGGUAAAUAAUGUAUUUUUUAUUUACUUUUUUUGUAUUGAAACUGCUUUUGCCCUAUUAAAAUGUCCAUGUAUCCGCAAA